AUGGGUCGAGCUCUGAGUGGAUGGUCCGAGGUUGCCGCCGGCUCGGUGGCGGGCGUGGCUAAUCAGAUUGUCUGCCACCCUUUUGAUACAGUUCGUACUCGCGUCCAGGCUGACCCGUCGCUCCGCAAGCAGAGUCUGAACAUGAAGACACUCAUGCGAGUGGAAACGUCUGUUGCCGGCUUCUACAAGGGUAUUCUGCCACCCUUGCUCGCCCAGGGCGUCUACAAGUCCGUGCUAUUCUCUGUGAACGCAUUCACGCACCGCCGCCUCGCAGAUCGUGGCGUAUCCAAAUCCACGGCGACCGUUGCGGCCUGUGGUGCCACGAGUGGUGCUGUCAACUCGUUUGUGGUCACUCCGGUCGAGCUGCUGCGAAACCAGUUGAUGAUGCAGGGCGUGGGCGGACCACGCCGGUACUACUCUGCGGUCGACGUGCUGCGCCACUGCUGGGCUGUCUCUGGCCGCCGACCAACUUUUGUCGUCAUGAGGUUUUAUGCGGCGCUGCCAGUCACGCUUGCACGCGACUCGCUUGGCAUGGCCAACUACUUUUCUGGCUUCUUCCACAUGACUCAGGCGCUUCAACAAACUCGGGGUCGACACCAGCUUCGCACGUGGGAGCUAAUGCUCGCGGGCUCCUGCGCCGGCGUGCUAUUCUGGUGUGUCGCGCUGCCGCUCGACUGCAUCAAGAGUCGCAUCCAAGUGAGUGCGCCACCAUGA